AUGCCCCAGCAGCCAGAAGCAAAACUUCUCAAAGACCUGACCGAAGUCCCGGCCAGCUGGCGCCUCACGACUGUCAUCGACGCCUUCCUCGACUUGGCUUUUUGGAAGGAAGGUCAUGCUCCUUCGGACCGAGCUCGCGAGGCGGUGAGCCGGCGGCUGGUGGAGUUGUGGGCCGCGCAGCCGGCGGAGGCGGAGGCCUGGCUCCAGCGGUGCCGGGAGCUCUACGCAAAAGAGCUUGCAGGUAAGGAGACGAGGCAGGAGCAGCUCUUCGAGGCGCUGCUCCGGCACGGCGCGGCCGAGUACGGCAAGUACGGGUGGGGCCACUGGCGCUUCUCCGAGGCCGGGCUGCUGCGAGGAGCGCCGUGCGGCUCAGCGGCUUGGUAUCUGCAGGUUUCCCCUGCCCGCGACCACUGCCGGGAGCUCGCGGAGCGGCUCGUGGAGGCGGAGAGCCCGGAGACGGCGCGGAAGCGGCAGAAGCUCGAGGAGGAGACCACCGAGCGCCGUCGCCUCGAAGCGGAGCUCCAAAAGUCGCAGGAGGAGGGCCAAGAGCUCAGAAAUCGUCUGGCUGUGGCGGAGGCCGGGAGCCGCGAGCUGCAGGAACGGUGCGAGCAGCUCCGACAGCAGCUCAAGGAAACCUCGGCCAAAGCAGCGGCGGAGAGGUCGGCGAUGCUCAGUCGGAUGCAAGUCUUGCGGGAAGAGCUUAAGGACAUGCACAAGCAGCGCAUUCGUGAGCUGGAGCUCCAGCAGCAGGAAGCCCGGGACUUGGUGGGCCCCACCCUCGAUGAAACGUCCUGUGGCCAGGAGCCGGAUCUUGCUGAGCAGCUCGGCUGCUUCAUGUCCGAUUCCAUCUUCAAGUGUGACGCGGACUACUACCUUAUGGGCAAGGACUUGACGGAAGUCUCGCAGGUGGUUGCUGCCGAUGGUACCAUCCUCAAGGUGGCUGAGCGCCCGGAGACCUUCACCGCCACCCACUUCGUCGACUUGCACGCGGGCGGUGCGACGCUGCGCGUGACCCCGGACCAUCCCGUGCGAGUCCCAGACGCAAGGGGCGAGCUCGACAAGACUCUCUACCUCCCAGCGGGUCAGCUAAAGAAGGGCGACUCGGUGAUCCUCGACUCGGGCGAAGCUGCAGAGCUCACCGCGGUGCAUCUCACGGAGAUGGAGUGCGAGGUGUUGAAGAUCGUCUUUGAGCCGGACCUGCCCGUCGCCGUCUUCUCCAGCCCUCCCUGCAUCCAAAGCAAAGGGCACAACAAGAAGCCGUCGACGCGCCGUGCAGGAGAGUGGCGGAAGGAGAAGGCGGUGGUGGACCCGACCGACAGAGCAGUCUCCAUCCCCGACACGGCGGUCGGGAGUGAAAGGAUCGAGAUGGACUUGUGCUGA